AGGUGCAAAGAUGACCGAUGAGCCGUCCAGUUUAGGUGAGAUGCGACGUAACUUGCGAAGUCAUUCGACAAACUUAAUCCAGCAUGAAACGAGGGAUUUUGAAACAAGUUAUGAUAAUAUCGAUAUAUUGCAAUGGGAAGACGAUGAUAUCGCUCUACGUUUGGCUGCCAAUAAAUCUUGUCUGUUAUCCAAUCGACUAACAGCACAAGAAAUGAAUGCUUUUCCGGAAUUAAAAAAUAAUCGUGGAAGUACUGCUUUAUAUCUGUAUUUGAGAAAUAAAUUGCUACAAAUGUGGCAUCGAAAUCCACGAACAGAACUUUUACUUCGCGAUUUUAUGAGUGAAUUAUCCUCACCAUAUGAUAGUGAUCCAUUAUUCAUUCGUCGCAUUUAUGAAUUUCUUCAACGUUUUGGUUACAUAAAUGUGGGUAUCUUCAAUCGCUUAUCUGCUCCACCAAAAACUUUACCAAGACGGGUAAUAGUGAUUGGUGCUGGUAUAGCUGGUAUCAUUGCGGCACGACAGCUCAAAUCCUUUGGUUUAGAUGUAGUCCUUUUAGAAGCUAGGUCUCGUAUUGGUGGUCGUAUAUCAACAUAUAUUAAACCAAUUACUGGCACUACAAGUAUGGCAAAAAAUGACCGAGAUCAUCUUGUCGCAGAAUUAGGCGCAUCCUUUAUUUAUGGAACAUUUGGAAAUCCAUUGAUGACACUAUGCAGACAGUUCGAAGUUAGAUGUCUUCCUAUUUGCCUUGAUCAUUGUCCAGUAUAUGAUCCCACUGGCAAAGCAAUUGAACCACGACGAAUACGAUUAGUUGAGCGUGCAUUCAAUAGUAUCAUUUGUGCUUCAACGUAUAUGGCACAUGCUAAAGGAAUUACGGAACUCAAUGGGCGUAAAUUAAGUUUGGGCGAAACUUUCAAUAUUAUGUUAAAAGAACAAGAUUAUCGAUUGCAAACCAGACGUAUUUCUUAUUUUACUUCGUAUGAAAAUGUGUUGAAUAAGCUGAAAGCCGUUCAAGAUACGAUGGUUCUCAAGAAGGAUGAAAUAAUGCUAUUACGUACAGCUUAUGAAGAUUUGAAAGAAAAAGAAAGACGUACUGAUUUAAGCGAAGAUGAACAAAUGGAAAAUGAAAUCAUGUUGAAAUGUGCCGUCAAAGAUAUCGAUGAUGCUAUUCAGGCUUUUGAGUCAUUAGAAUCAAAAAGGCGAGAAAUUAACGUUGCACUGGCUGAACUAUCUAGGAAUGAACCAAGGUAUGUUAUUUAUGAUUAA